AAAUAAUUCAUCAACGAGAAAAGAUUAAUUCUUACUACCAAAAGAAAGAAGAUAAAUUACUAUUUUGUUUUACGUACGAAAUAUAUACCAAGUGAGAUCUACAAAUAUGGAGAGAUUUUCACUAAGGUUUGUGCUAAUGAUGGUGAGCAUCAUCCUCACGUCAUCGAUUUGUCAAGCACAACUUUCUCCAACAUUCUACGAUCAAUCGUGUCGGAAUGCUCUUUCGAAGAUCAGAUCCUCCGUUAGAACGGCCAUCGCUCGUGAGAGAAGAAUGGCCGCGUCUCUAAUCCGCAUGCACUUCCAUGACUGUUUUGUUCAUGGGUGUGACGCGUCGAUAUUGCUCGAGGGAACAUCAACGAUAGAGAGUGAACGAGAUGCAUUGCCAAACUUCAAAUCAGUAAGAGGUUUUGAAGUCAUAGAUAAAGCCAAAUCCGAAGUCGAGAAAGUUUGUCCCGGCAUUGUUUCUUGCGCUGAUAUCAUAGCGGUUGCGGCAAGAGACGCUUCUGAAUACGUGGGAGGUCCAAAAUGGGCAGUGAAAGUCGGAAGACGAGAUUCGACAGCUGCGUUCAAGGCUCUAGCAAAUAGUGGUGAACUCCCGGGAUUUAAAGAUACCCUUGAUCAACUCUCAGGUCUUUUCAGCAAGAAAGGUCUUAACACAAGAGACCUUGUUGCUCUUUCAGGAGCACACACCAUAGGACAAUCUCAAUGCUUCUUGUUCCGGGACAGGCUUUACGAGAACUCAAGCGACAUCGACGCAGGAUUUGCCAGCACACGCAAACGUCGAUGCCCAACCGUGGGAGGUGAUGGUAAUCUGGCAGCAUUGGAUCUAGUAACACCUAAUUCUUUCGACAACAAUUACUACAAAAACUUAAUGCAAAAGAAAGGACUAUUAGUAACCGAUCAAGUUUUGUUCGGGUCCGGUGCAUCAACUGACGGCAUUGUGUCGGAAUAUAGCAAGAACCGGUCAAAAUUCGCGGCAGAUUUCGCAACAGCCAUGAUCAAGAUGGGUAAUAUAGAACCUCUCACUGGCUCUAAUGGAGAAAUCAGAAAGAUAUGCAGCUUUGUUAAUUAAUACAUGCAUGCGAUAAUGCAUUUUAUAUUGUUUGUUAAAUUUAUUCGUUGAUCUCUUUGUUGUAAUGUUUUGUGAUUCUUACUACCAAAUUGUGUAUUAUUUGUUUUUAAUAUUUGAAUAAAUGCCAAUUAGUUUUAUGAUU